AGGAUUUUCCUCAUUCUUUUUUGGCUAGGGGCAGUCAGCUUGCGAAAGGUUUCAUCACCUGUCUCUGUGAUUGCCAAUAUGCCAUGUUGUUAAUUCGAACUGGCCAAUUACAGGCUGCCACUACAGCUGAUUGAUUUGGUUGCAUACAAAAAUGGGGAAUUCCAUCUGUGAGAUCGGUAUUGUACCUAAACACAAGACUGCUGCUUUGCUGAUGCUGGGCUACCAAAUCCCAAAUUAAACGAAUUACAUACCGUUAAAAUCGUGCGUGCACGACGAGACCUACGGGCAAGGGGCACCUCAAGCCUCAAAAAAUCUUCCCUCCCCCAAAGGCCAAGGCUCUCCAAAUCCUAUCUCAUUCCAGGUGAUUCAACUUGAUUCUUCCAACGCAAAAGGCAAGGUUUCCGUUCGAACAACCUCAAGCUCAGAGGGCGAGAGGAAGGAGGAAGGUUUCCUUUCUCUUGCCAGGGUUCCUUUUCCUCUUUCUCUCCCCUUUUGUCUUUCCCUUCCUGUUGCCGUGAUGAUAAGGAAGCUGUGUCCUAAUCUUGACAAACAAGAUGGCCUGGAGACCGUCCUGGAAGUGCCCAUACCUGAAGAGAUGUACACCAAGAUGGGCAGCAAUGCAGCUUUGCGGUGGCAAAACAUGCGUGCCUUGAUGAAAGCUCAAUCAGCUUUUGACAGGUCAACCCAUCUCCAAGCCAAAUCAGACAAUGAGUUCUUGGCCUUGCUUAAGAUUGUUGGCGCCCCUCUCAUCCCUUUCCAGGUUCAUUUAGAGAAUUAUACACUUUCAGGUCCCCUGAAUUCGAAAGAUUGUUCUAUUGAAGCUUCUACUGCAAAAUAUAUAGUACAGCAGUAUGUAGCCGCUACCGGAGGACAUUUGGCGUUGACUUCAAUGACUAGCAUGUAUGCAGUGGGACAGGUGAAAAUGCAGGGGUCAGAGAUGCAGCAGGGUGAUGAUAGCGUGCAUACCCGAGGCAACUGCGAGGUCGGCGGGUUUGUGUUAUGGCAAAAGAACCCGGAUUUGUGGUAUUUAGAACUAGUUGUCUCUGGUUUCAAGGUCAGUGCAGGCAGUGACGGUAAGGUUGCCUGGAACCAGUCGUCCUCACAACCUGGUCAUGCAAGUAGAGGCCCUCCACGACCCCUUCGCCGAUUCUUCCAGGGCCUGGACCCCAGGUGCACUGCUAGCUUAUUCUUGGAUGCGGUUUGCAUAGGAGAGCAGGCUAUUAACAACGAAGAUUGUUUCGUUCUCAAGCUUGAAACUGCUGCAAACGCCCUCAAAGUGCAGAGUUCAGCGCAAACAGAAAUCAUCCACCACACAAUCUGGGGGUACUUCAGCCAAAGAACAGGACUCCUCGUCAAGUUCGAGGACACGAAGCUGGUCAGGAUGAAACCCGUCAAGGGAAACGACUGUGCGUUUUGGGAGACCAGCGUGGAGACAGUGGUCCAAGAUUACAAGUACAUCGAUGGCAUCAACAUAGCACACAGUGGGAAGACGAUCACGACACUUUACAGAUACGGGAAGUCAUAUAAUCAGAAGAGGAAGAUUGAAGAAACUUGGAGGAUCGAUGAGGUUGAUUUCAACAUUUGUGGGUUGUCCAAUGAAACCUUCCUGCCUCCAGCUGAUCUCAAGAGAGAGCAAGAAGGUGGAGAGCAAUGAUAAGCUUAGAGUUCCUUUCCUUUUCCUUUUCCUUUUUUUUUCUUUGUAGAAGUUGAAACACAAAGGAAAGUCGAACAAAAAUGCGUGUACAUAUAGGUAAAUUUGAGAAUCGCUUCAGUCGUCCAUGGCUAAUUAAGCUUUGCUGAAUUCUUUGUUGGUGGAAAAUUUAUCUUACUAUCCAAGACUAAAACCAUUAGCCUGCAAAAAACAGUUUAAGCUCUUGGGCCUGGCGAGGCCCAUGUCAGUGAAUAUAUUCGGCCCAUUUUGAUGUUAUAACAGGCCCUUUCAGCCCAUUUUGGGAACAAAAUCCCUCAAAAGGCCCAAAUAAACGGCGCCGCUUUAGUCAACAGUAGACACUUCCCAGUUAACAAAAAAAAAAGGGCUCACGCUGAAAACCCUAAUUCCUGUAAACUCUAUUUAAGCUACUAAAGAGCCCUAGCUUCUUCUCAGCUUGCCGCCUCUGAAGAUUUCUCUCUCUUUCUCUGUUGAUUAUCUUCUUCCUGCAAUUGAUUUUGGUGAGGAAAACCCUAGCUGGAAAUUUCCAUCUUAUUUUAAAUUUCGAUUCCUAAAAUCAAAACAAAUUACAAAUUUUUUCUUUUUGGUUUGGAUUUUUCUUUCCUUGCAUCUGUUUACCCUCUCCUUUUUGAAGCAAAAGUAAGUGAUGCUUAAGGAGAUAUAACGGAUGCAGAUAGCGAGAGGUUAGCUUACCAGCCCAUUGCAUUAUCUUUAUUUGCCUUGGUGUCAAAUGGACUUACCGAUAUUUCCUUUUAGAAGAAAAAAUUACUGCUUUUUGCUUAGUUUAUAAAUCCAAGUAGAAGCUUUUGUUGUUGGCAAGGGAUGAAUGCUUAUCUUAUCCUACACUCUGAUGAACCGUGUUGAAUCAGUUUUCCGCUUAUUGAUAUUCUGAUGCCAAUUUUUCUUUUAAUUUUCUCUUUUUAUUUGAUUUUAUGGUUUUGAAGUGAAGGCAGAUGAUGUAAAGUUUCUUAUCCUACACUCUGAAACAUGAAUGUAGACUGAUAAACUCCGCUUAUUAUCUGAUGCCUUCGCUCAACUGAGUUUAAGAUUCUCCUUUUUUUUUACCAUUUUGUUUUGUAAAAUUUUUUAUUUUAUUUGAUUUUAAUAUUAUUUUCAAUGAUGAGAAGAAGCAGACGGGCGGUCUGAAUCUGAUGCCAUGUUGUAUGUCUGCAAUUUUCCACUUGUGGAAUUUCUCUGAGUUUCAAUUAUUUCAAGCUCUCUUUGUUUUCUGAGUUCUUUUCUUUUUUGAACUUUGUAGUUUAAAGCUGAAAAGAUUUAUCUUUUUAUGCAAUGAUGAAGUUGCUUAAAUUAUGUCUGGACAUAUGAUAUUAGUCUAUGAUUAGCUAUAGCUAUGCAUCUUCUGAGCAAAGUAUUAUCAAUCUAUAUGGCUGCAUGGUGAAAUAACUCUUGAAAUAGACUUGGGUUUGUGAAGUUCUUACUUAUGCACUUGCAGCACUGAUGGUUCUUGGUUUUAUUUGGAAUGUAUCUUGAGUUUAGUCUGCUUGUUUUUGUAGUAAAUCCUUUGUGUUUCAUGCUAAACAAAUAUCAGGUUCUGUAAAAUGUUUGGUGAACUUGUUAUCUACUGCCUUAAGAGUAUUCGUUAAGGUGCUAUUUAUAGAAAUGUCUUUCAUAUAAAAUGCAGUUGUUCACAAUUAUUUUGAUGAUUUUCUAUGCAUUGAAUGUAGAUAUUUCUUUAAAUAGUAAAUUUAACUAGUGCUCUUAUGCAUUUGGUAACAAUUUAUCAUACUUCUACAUGGAUUAAGGUAGAGCUUUGCAAAGGACCUUAUGACCAUGUGGAUGUUGUCCAGAAGUUUUUUGAGUUGAAGAUUUUAAGAUUGUGAAGACUUUUGCAAUUCUGGUUGAUCAACACCACUGGAUUUUCAUCUUUGUAUAAUCUUUAGGAACAUAUAUAUUAGUUUGGGAGCUCAUGUUUGAUUUUAAGGCUAUUUCUAGAUGUGUAUUUUUUUUUAUAACAGGAGAUUUGAAGUUCUGAUUAGCUUGAAUGAUCAAGCUAGCUGAUAUGGGGCUGAUUUGGCUGGAUGGCAAAGUGUGGUGUGGGAUUUUUGGAUCAAUGGUGCAAGGUGGUGGAAUUUUUCUCUCCGCUGCUCUGCAUCUCUAAAUUGUAUUGGGUUCACAUAGGUCUGGUAUGGAUUUAGUGGGAUGUAUUGCAGUGAUAGAGUGGUAGCACCUAGGAUGUGGUUGGUAUGCUGCUGUAUGUGUGGUACUUUUCCUGUGUUUUAAUUGGAUGUAAAGACAUUCCAUAUUUGGUUUAACAUCCAAUUAAAAUGCAAGAAAAGUGCUCCACAUGUAGUACACUAAACUCAAACUUAGUCUUAGUUAAUUGUAGAUUAAUUUAAUUGCUUUUAUUUUAGCAUUGUGUUUAGCUGAACAGAUCAAAUGUAAUUCAAUGGAGAUCUGUUAAUGAUUA